AUGGUCUUUUCGGCGAGCACCGCGGUGCUCGCGGAUUCGACUGUCCCCCUGAUUGGGGGUCCGACGACGGCUACGGAGCUGGGGCGGCUGGCCCAGGGCUACUCGCGCCUCCAGUAUCUGCUGCAGAACUGGGAGAAGCUCACGACAGUCUGCAUCAAGGGCUGCGUCGGCGCGCCGGAGCAGUGCGGCUGCAUCCGCGACCCGGUGAUUGUGCAGUCGUACAUGGGGUUCAAGUCGAUGGAGGACCCGCUCUUCAAGGCGGACCAGCUCAUGAUCCGCGCGCAGCAGCUCGUCGCCUCGGACAAGGACCUCGACGCGUACACCGACGCGGUGGACCGGUGGACGCGCAAGUGCGACGCUGCCAACGUGAUGGCGUACACCUCCUCCUGGGGCGAGGCCAACCCGGGAGGCGGCAAGAGCGAGGUGGAGCGAUACCUCGCAAAGUCACGCAAGGAGGUGGUCGAGAGCGCCGAGAUCCUCAAGACCAUCAUGGACCUGCUCGACAUCCCGGAGGCGUCGGCAGACUCAUUCGCGUCGGGCGUCAAGAGAGUCGAGGCCAACCAGCGGCGGUGAGGGGAGGCGCUUCGUGUGGAGAGUGGCAGCUUCGAUUAAAGCUAUCGUGGCGGCGCCCAUGUGUCUGCGUCGCGCCUCUUGGGAAGCGGUCGCUGUUUAGAUUCAGAGACCGGCCUGGCAGCGCCGCGCCGCCGCCGGGCGGUCGCGCGCGGGCGGCCGACGGGCGUGCCGGCGUCGCGGGCGCGCGUGCGGCGUGGGGUUGGUACAGCAUGUCAUGUAUUUGAUCGUAACAAGAAACUUCGUGUUAUACACC